AAGGCUAUUAAUGUGUCAAUUUGUUAUUGUUUCUACAGGCAUAAUUUUAAUAGUUUUAAUCGUUACCACAUGCGCAAAUAUUAUAAUUAAUUACGUAAUUAAAAUAGUGUAGAUUUAUGAUUAACGAUGUGUCUGACUUUGUUUUUGCCUGUUUAACUUUAUCAUUAAUUAAACUGAAACCAGUGACCUCUCCUCUCCACUGCUGCUCAUUCAGUGUCAGUAGUAAAAUCAAACUCUUUUCAUUUCACAGUCAGUUUUAAAUCACACCAGACUUAUAUUGGUUGUGUUAGACAGGCCUGAUGGGCAAUUAUUUUCCAUGGCGUCUUUUCUUAUUUUCAAAGUUGCUCACUUUAAAUGUAUUAGAAAGUUUACUAUGUUUAUUUCAUAAUCAAAAGUUGUUAGAAAUGAACUGUAAUGUGUAAAACAUGUCAGAAUAAACCUGCGGGAAAAUCUGAAGUCGACUAAAUUCAUGUGAAUAAUCUGUGAGUGACAUGAGAAACUUGAGUUAAUUGGAGUUUAUGCCCAAUAAGAAAGUUUUCCAAACUCUCAGCAGAGUCCCGCGCACACGCUUCGUCUCCCACGGCUGGAGGUCCGCCCAUUCCUCCCUCUGAUUGGCUCACUUCUCUCUACUAACGGCUGCAUAUUUACCUCCCUCGCGGUCUCAUUGGCUGCCGCUGCUGUCACUCUGCCGCUCGCCUCUCUAUAAGGUCUGGUGCUCCGGCAGCAGCUGUAACGAACCUGAGAUGAGCCUGGAGCAGCACCACGGUGCGUCUGUCGCAGCUCAACUAUUUCCCAUAGGCUAUUCUCGCUAUAACUAUGAUUAAAAAUUCCUCAAUGCCUUUUCAUUCCUGGAUUUAUCACUUUAUUCGAUUAUAUUUAGAGUAGUGUUUUUUUCUUUUUAUUUGUAAGUUUUAUUUAUUUUGACUUUUAGGGUGAGCAUGUGCGUAAUUUUGCGAGGACUGCUGAGGUGCCACCGGGAGUGAGUGAGGCAAUAUGCAUCGCUGGGAUAUGAUUUUCAACCGAGAGGCUUAUGGAAUAUAGCCUGGUGUGUCACAGCCUGUAUGCCCUCUGGUCUAGCCCCGUGAAGAAGAAACUAAUUCUGCUCAGCAUCAUGUUUUUAAUCUGGGUAUACAUGCUGUACUCCUGCGUGGGCUACUGCUCCACUAUGCCAAGUUUGGUGGUGGACAGUCACCGGGGCAAGGAGACUGGCUCGGCGGUGGGCAAGAGGACAGAGAGCAGCAGCAGGACGGACCUGGUGUCCAGGCUGCUGGCCAAACCGCAGCCGUGGGAGGAUAUAGAGAGCGACUACGAGGAGCCGUCCAUCAGGACCGCCGCGUCCAGAGACCUGCUCAAUAACGAGCUGGAGACUGACCGAGCCGACGAGUGGGACGAGAUGCGGGGCGAGCAGCAGAGAGCCCCGGAGCCCAGCGCCAUGUCCAGCUUCUCCAACGGCUCCGGGAGCAAGAAGCUGCCGCAGGCGAUCAUCAUCGGGGUGAAGAAAGGAGGGACCCGGGCUCUGCUGGAGUUUCUCCGGGUUCACCCAGAUAUCAGAGCCGUGGGAGCGGAGCCGCACUUCUUCGACCGCAACUACGAGAACGGACUGGAGUGGUACAGGGAGCUGAUGCCUAAAACCCUGGAGGGCCAGAUCACCAUGGAGAAAACGCCCAGCUACUUUGUGACCAGAGAGGCUCCAGCCCGGAUCUCCGCCAUGUCCCGGGACACCAAGCUGAUCGUGGUAGUGAGGGACCCCGUCACCAGGGCUAUCUCAGACUACACACAGACUCUGUCUAAGAAGCCUGACAUUCCCUCUUUCGAGAGCCUCACCUUCAAAAACAGGACUACGGGGCUCAUCGACACCUCGUGGAGCGCCAUCCAGAUCGGUAUCUACGCCAAGCACCUGGAUAACUGGCUGCAGUACUUCCCCAUGGAGCAGAUCCUGUUUGUGAGCGGCGAGCGCCUGAUCAGCGACCCGGCCGGAGAGCUGGGCCGCGUGCAGGACUUCCUGGGGCUCAAGAGGAUCAUCACAGACAAACACUUUUACUUCAACCAGACCAAGGGUUUCCCGUGCCUCAAGAAGGCGGAGGGCAGCAGCAAGCCCCACUGCCUGGGCAAAACCAAAGGGAGGACCCAUCCGAACAUUGACCCUGAGGUGGUGCAGAGGCUACGGGACUUCUACAGGCCCUUCAACAUGAAGUUCUACCAGAUGACAGGACAUAACUUUGGUUGGGAUUGAUGUGAAAAUCAUGAGAGACUUUUCUUUUUUUUUUUUUGUUAAUUUGUUGAGAAGUUUUUUUUUUUUCUUCUGUAAUUCAAUGGCAAGAUGUGGAGAUAUUGCUAUAUAUAUGUAAAAUGUACAGAAAUCUAUUUUAUAAUAAUUUAUUUUUAUUUCUAAGCAAUUAAUUCACUAAGCUGCCUAACCAUAUUUGUACAUAACAUCUGGCCCACAUGUUGUUUUUUUUGUUUUUUUUUUAACAUUCCUCAUUUUAAUUUUUGAAUUCUCUCGCUCCUCCCUCGUGCUCCUGUAAACUCAGUGGAUAAUCGGUGCUUCUUAAUGCAGAUAAUCAGCGAUAACUGAAGGCGAGACUGGGGUGGAACAUGCAGAAGCACCAUAUUACGGGUACAGAGUGCUCACAGAGAAGUGGAGAACACCUAUCCAUGUGCAUCCUCAUUUAUACAUGCAUCACUUUACCUUCGUCUCCUUCAAACCCUGUCAUUCUGAGCGUGAUUCUUCUACACGGUGUUUCACCAAAAUACAGACCCUCCACUUUUUUUCACCGUGCAAUUUUCCUACACCAAGCUGCAGAUCUCAUGUCCCUUUCCACUCAAUAACAGGUAGAUCAAUAGGCCUAAUUGAUCCUCAUUGUGUCACUCACGCUUAAAGUAUACAGCUGCCCUUUCAUUCUCAGUGCUCCUGCUGCCUGCUCUAAUGAAUGACCCAUCCAUCAAAUGUUAAAUCCUAUCCCGGACCACAGAGGAGCCCAUGUUAACAUUAUGCUAAUUGGGUAAAGGUAACCGGAGGAUCGAUCGAGCCGCCGCUCUCUGACUGCCCAUUAGAAGCAGUGUUGGCUCAGAGCCAGGCUCUUGCCCCAUCCACUCAGUUCAAAGGUCACACAAAGUCUCAAUCAAAUUUUCCUUGAGCGGCAUUUGAUUUGUUGCAGAGAGCAGAGCUGGAGCAGGGUGGGGGUAUGUGCCUUGUUUUCACGGUAAGAUGGGAAAUCUUUGCGUGAGGUAGCAGAGGCAUAUCUGUCAGAAAUCGAGCAUAAAGACAGAAGGGAUGACAGACAAACAACAACUUGGCUUCACCCCACUGAAAUAGCACCUUCCUUCAAACAGAAGUCGACCAGGCCCCGUCUUAGAUCCCAGACUAUAGAGAUCAAAGCAGGAGGAAAGGUUUUUUGUGAAGCACUCUCAGCACAGCAAGAAUUGCCUCAGGCAGGGUUUCGUUGUCUAACCUCUGUAGUGUCAUCAGAAAACCUCAUGUGCCAUCGUCCAUGGCCUAUAUACUUUAUGCCUUAUUCAUCCUCAUAAUCCUCACAUGUCGUGUCUCUCCACAACAGAUCUCAACUCUCAACUUGUUGCCAAAAAAAAAAAAAAAAACCUUUUGGGUUGAUUUCAUGUUUCGCUUGCCCCCCCUCCUCCCCGCUCCUCCGUCCCCUGCCAUUGCUUCUUUGUUUUUGUCUUUCUGCUUGAAUUCUUGAUAUGCAAGAGGGAGAAAAUGCGUAGUUAUCAUUCUUUGAUGUGCUGCCCCGUCUCAUUGCAGCAGGUGGCCGCGCUAUUUUAAGGGGGUACAGGGCGACGGCCAUGUUAUAUUCUGUGCUAUGCUAUUGCUAUGCAUGCUCAAUGUGGUGGCCAUUAUGAAAAUGCAGGGAUAAUGGGAAGGGAUUAUUAUUAGCGUCCAGAGGAGGGCUUCAUGUGUUUAAGCGGAGCCCAGACUGAAUGUACACAACCUACCCUCACAUCGAAAAGUCCCUCGAGUCAGUUUUAAAGGUCAGAUUGUCACUCAGCUUUAGUUGAAGUUAAACUUGAUUGUCCUUCUUUCCUUUUUGAAGUUAAGGAAAUGUUGUGCCUCUUUAACUCUCCUAUCCAACACAGUUAGCCUGCUUCUGUCAUUGAAAACAGAUAAUGACCUUAACUCAGUUUUAUCUUAUUUUCCAGUUGAAACCAGCUGCCUGGUUUAGCCUCAAACCAAUGGUAGCAGGGGAGAUGGAGGCUUCUUACACUGUAUUUUUUUUUGUUUUGUUUGUUUUUGUAGUUCUAUCCUUUCACUAUGCCUGAGCGAUGAUUCUCAUCGUGAGGAUUUUAAGCCUUCGUCUCCCCUUCUCUCAUUGGUGCAAUGUUUGAUUUUUAAAAAAAGCAUUUACGGUGACCUGUCUUAGCAAGCUGUUGCAUUGUAGAAGGAAAGUCUGACAUCUUCCCUGUAACUGAUGGAAUACUGCAUUUGAAUUAUGGUCAAGUUCAUGUAAUUGAGGGAAUAUCUGAAAAAAAAAAAACAAGGAAAAAAAAAACUUGCACUCAUGGGUUUACUCCAUGUGGCUGCAUCGGUUAUGGUUGAGUUUUAUUCAACCUGUUUUGAGAUCUAAAAUGUUUAGAAAUGUUUGUCUUACCUGCAUAUAAUAUGUAUUUAGUCUAGCAGAUCUGUAUGUACAAAAAUAAAAAAGACAUGUAAAUCAAGUAUUUUGUGGUAUGUACAUCAAAGGAAUUAAUUUUACACAAUGCAAAAGCAAAAAUGGAACAGAUGUUUCUAGAUGAUUAAAUACUGAACAUUCAUAAUAUUUCUUUGUAUGAAGAAAUGAAUAAAAAAGUAUAUAUUUUACCAAAA